UCUUGUUGUUCAGUCACCAGUUUUAAAAAAACUCAUACGUUCACCAUGGCUCCUUCACCCCAAGAAACUAUGGUGGAACAGCAGCCCAAGACCAUCCCUCGCGGAUUAACUGGUGAAGAGUUGGUGAUUAGUGGCAUGUCAGGAUUAUUCCCCAUGUCUGACAGUGUUCUGGAGUUUAAGGAAAAUUUGUAUAAUAAGGUGGAUAUGGUAACCAACGAAAACAUUCGAUGGGACAUCGACCACCCUGAAAUUCCCAAACAUUUCGGCAUGAUAACCGGAGUAGACCGGUUCGAUGCUCAGUUCUUCAAGGUGCACUACAAACAAGCACUUAUUAUGGAUCCUAUGAGUAGGAAACUCUUAGAGCAUGCGUACCAAGCUAUCUUUGACGCAGGUAUCAACCCAUUGGAGCUUCGAGGAAGGAAAAUUGGUGUUUUCAUCGGAGCUGCCUUCUCUGAGUCUGAAAAAAUUGUCAUUUAUGAGUCUAUUCAGCGGAAUGGAUUUGGUAUUACUGGAUGCAACAAGGCUAUGUACGCCAACCGUAUCUCCUACUGGCUGGACAGUAAAGGUCCGUCUUAUGCCCUGGACGUGGCUUGCUCCAGCUCCAUGUCCUGCCUCGAGCAUGCUUACACCAGCAUCAGUAGUGGCGUGUGUGAGGCUGCCAUUGUUGGUGGUUGCAACUUGUGCAUGCAUCCUAAUGUAGCCUUAAAUAUGAGGAAGUAUGGAUUCCUGUGUCUGGAUGGCAAGACGAAAUGUUUCGACAAGCACGGAGAUGGUAGCGUUAGGUCCGACGCUAUCAACAUUCUGUUCUUGCAAAAGGCUAAAGAUGCAAAGAGAAUUUACUCUGAAGUGUACUACGCCAAAUCCUGCUACUCAAACACUGUUCAAGAGCAGUUCUUGCCAACUCGAAAACCAGAAGAAAUCCAAGAAUUCUUGGAAAAAUUCUAUAAAGAAGCUGGUGUUUCUCCUCGUGAUGUGGAGUAUAUUGAAGCCAAUGCCACAGCUAUUGCUGAAGCAGAUGCCAAUGAAUUGGAAGCCAUUGGCAAAGUAUUUGCUAAAGACAAAAGUGUACAAGUUGGAUGCGUCAAAUCUAAUAUGGGUCAUGCUGAACCUGCUUCUGGAGUAUGCUCGCUAACCAAGGUGUGUCUGGCAUACCACACUGGCCAAAUUCCUGCGAACUUGCACUACUACGAGCCACAGGAUGAGAUUGAUGCAGUCCGUGAGGGAAGAGUCCAAGUUGUAACUGAGAACACACCGUUCGGAAGAGGAUUUACUGCUUUGAACUCUUUCGCCUACAGUGGAACUAAUGUCCACGUUCUGAUGAAAGGGCAUUAUAAACCAAAGGAUCUAGAACGUUACCGCAGCAGCAUUCCUCAUUUAGUCCUCACUUCAGGCAGACAAGACCAAUGUGUAAAGAGUAUGAUUGAAAAACUUGUCAAGCAACCAGUAGAUCCUGAACAAAUCGCUCUUCUGCAUGAGAUUCAUGACAAACCUAUGGCUGGACAUACUUGCCGUGGAUACGUUAUUCUCGGUACUGACGAGAACAAAGAAACGGUAUGUGUAGCUAAAGAAGUGGAAUACAUAGACGGCGUGACUCGUCCAGUGUGGUUCGUGUACAGUGGUAUGGGUUCCCAGUGGGCCACUAUGGGCGCUGAACUGAUGCGUAUCCCGAUAUUUGCUGCAGCUAUUGAGAGAUGUCAAAAAGCUCUUGAACCCAAGGGUAUCGAUAUUGUGAAUAUUCUGACGAAUCCAGACAAGGCUAUUUAUGAUAACAUCCUACAUUCGUUCGUGGGUAUUGCUGCAGUGCAAAUUGGUCUCACUGACAUACUGAAGGAGUUGGGAAUCGUUCCUGAUAACAUCAUUGGACACAGUGUUGGUGAACUUGGAUGUGCCUACGCUGAUGGCUGCUUCACGGCUGAGGAGAUGAUCCUUGCAGCUUAUAGCCGUGGUCUUGUGUCUUUACAGACACCGUUCAUCCGAGGUUCUAUGGCUGCUGUUGGAUUGGGUUAUAAAGCGAUCAAGACUCUGUGCCCACCAGAAAUUGAAGUGGCUUGCCACAACAGUUCCGACUCCUCAACCAUUUCAGGGCCAGCUGAUAUUAUGAAGUCCUUCGUCGCAGAGCUAACAGCACGUGGUAUCUUUGCCAAGGAAGUUCCAUGCUCGAACAUCGCUUACCAUUCGAGAUAUAUACAGGAUGCUGGCCCUGGUCUUCUCAAAUAUUUGAAGGAAGUCAUCAAGAACCCGAAAGAGCGCAGUAAGAAGUGGGUAUCAACAUCAGUUCCCCAAAACGAGUGGGACAAACCCGCUGCCCAGUACUCUUCUGCUGAAUACCACACCAAUAACUUAUUGAACGCAGUGCUUUUUGAAGAGACAUCCAAGUUGAUACCAGCGAAUGCCAUUGUGAUUGAAGUGGCGCCUCACGGGCUAUUACAAGCAAUCCUCAAACGUUCAUUGGCCGAAUGUACUCAUGUACCACUUACAAGACGUGGCCACGCCGAUCCAGUUAAGUUCUUACUGGAAGCCUUCGGAAAAUUACACUUGGCAGGACUUACGCCAAAAGUUAAAGCGCUCUACCCAAGAGUAGAAUUCCCCGUUGCUACAGAAACUCCAAUGUUAUCGCAUUUAGUCGAGUGGGAACACAGUGAAAAAUGGCCCCAGGCAAAAUACAACGCGAAGGAUAGAAUCACAACAUCGAUCAGAAAUUUCGUUCUCUCCAUACAUGAUGAUGACUACAAAUUCUUUGAAAAUUAUAAGAGAAAUGGUGCCUACGUGUUCCCUGAGGCAGCUAUAUUGACGAUCGUAUGGGAGACUCUUGCCAUGUUCAAAGGUGUCGAUUACAGGACCAUGCCUAUUGAGUUCCAAAACGUGCACUUCAACGAAGAAAUUUAUUUCAAGGCCGAUGAUCCUCUGAAGCUAGAUAUCAUGAUACUUAAAGGAAACAUGUAUUUCGAGGUUAACCACGACAAAACAGUUGUAGCUACUGGUUAUUUAACUGAAUUGAAUAAAAAGGACAACAUGAAUCGAGAAUUGGUAAAGUCAUCUGAUGCAAAGAACGUUACUCUAAAUACUCGAGAUGUUUACCAACUUUUGCGUAUGAGAGGAUACAAUUAUGAGGGUAAAUUCCAAUCGAUCCAUUCAAUCACAUCUGAUUGUUCUACAGCGAAUAUUAAAUACACUAACGAAUGGAUCCCACUACUUGAUUCUCUUUUACAAUUCAUCGUAUUAAAGAGGGAACACUCUGGUCUAUCAAAAUUGACUCAAAUUAACAAAUUGAGGAUCAACACCGAGGAACAUUUAAAUGCUGUGCAGAAUGAUGUAGAUGGCGUUCCUUGUCUGACUGCGGAGUACUUUGAUAUUCAUAAUUUAACUAGAUGCGGUGGUAUCGAAUUUGAAACUGUGACGUUCUCUGAUAAGCUGGUCGCUGAGACUGACCCUGAUCUUAUACUUUCCCGCUGCUUUGUGCCUCAUUUCCUGAUUGGAAAGAUUGAUCUAAAAGCAGCUUUGCACGUGAACAUUCAAAUCGCUGCUGACAACAUACCAAGCCGUCAAAUCAAAGUCACUGAACUAUUCUCAACCACAUAUCCAGAAAUUUCGAAGAUUUUAAGGGAAGUAACUGAUGAAAUUACUGAUAAAGACUUUGUAAUGAGUGGCUUCAAUAAAAACGAGAUUGAUCUAUCUACUGUAUUUGUGGUUGACAAUUUAUUGGAAGAUGAACAUAAAAUGGAAACCCUAGCAAGAGUGCUGCCAAAAUCGACAUUCAUUUUGGCUGUUGAGAAAGAUACUGCAAAAAUCUAUUCCAAAUACAAGUCAUUUAAUGUCAUAUCAUCAUUCAACACUAAGAAUUACAUACUUGUGUUAGUAAACACUAUUGAUUCAAGCAACAAUGAAAACAUUACUUACAUGCCUAUAACUAACGAUAAUAAGUUUACUUGGGUGCCACGAGUGCAACACGAAUUGGAGAAGUCCAGGAAACUGGUACUUGUAUCUGAAAGACAGCCAUACUCUGGACUUAUUGGUAUGGUCAAAAAAUUGAGGGAACAAUAUGGAAACAAAAUUGGUCUAAUCGUUGUUGACGACUACCACUUAGAAAAUUUCAACACCGAGGCUGCCGUUUUCAAAGAUCAAAUUGAAAAGAAACUGUCAAUUAACAUAUUCAAGAAGGGACAUUGGGGAGGCUAUUAUAAUAUUCCAAGUCCCAAGGAGACUAAUAUUAGAAGUGUUGCCCUUACAAGUACUUCUCCUGGUGAUAUGGAUGGUUUGAAAUGGGUGGAAGUACCACAGUUGCCUGCCUCCAACACGAUGGUUCAGGUGAGUUACGUGGGGCUUUCUAACGAAGAUGCCCAGAAUGCUAUCGGUACAUCCCUAGCACCAACCAAUGGUUUUGGAAAGGAGUUCAGUGGUAUCACCAUCAAUGGUGAUCGAGUCAUGGGAUUGCUUCCUGGAGGUGCAUUAAGAAGUGUUGUAGAAGCUGAUCCAGCUCUAUUGUGGCCUGUACCUAAACAUUGGAGUUUGGAAGACGCUGCUACAGUACCUUUGGCUUAUGUUAACGCAUUUUAUUGCCUUGACUACAUAUUCCAUAUGGAUCGUGUGGGUGACAACUCUAUUUUUGUAAAUGGUGCAUCAGAACCUUUUGGACAAGCGAUCAUAUCCGUGGCUUUAUUCUUCGGAUACAAAAUAUUUGCUAAUGUUGAAGAUAAACAGAAGAAAGAAUUGUUACUUAAACUGUUCCCAGAGUUAAACGAGGAAAGCAUCGUGUGUUCCCGCGUAGAUGCCCAUAGCACAGUCAUUAUGAAUUCUAACGCUCAUUGUUGUAAUAUUGUCAUUAACUGUGCCAGCGGUCCGUUGCGUCAAUCUGCAAUGAAAUGUGUGUCUCAAAUGGGCUUCAUUUUGGACGUUUGUGAAGAAGACAUGAAGAAUAACAAAGAUUUUGGUUUAUCCUUCUUGCGUGAAGAAAGGAAUUAUAAGGGUAUCUUGGUCUCCAGUAUAUUCAAACCAGAGUUCGCUGAAGAAAAGAAGAAAAUUCAACUGUUUAUGGUUCAUGGAAUUAUGACGGGUAUGGUUAGACCUUUGAACCGCAUUGUAUACUCUCCCACGGAGGUCCCGCGAGCUUUCAGACUGAUAUCACUAAAGAGGUUCUGUGGCAAUGUCCUCAUAAGAAUGAAGGACCCGAACAUUUCGAGCGAAGAUUUAUGCGUCACUCCAAGACAAAGCUACUCUUCUGAUGGAUCCUACAUUGUAGUGUGUGAUGAAUCGGAGCUUGGUUUCGAAGUCGCUGAUAGGUUGGUUCAUCGUGGUGCGAGGAAUCUUCUUUUAAACCUGAAGCCUAACUCUUCAGCUGGAUACUGCUACAUCAAAAUAGCGUCUUGGAAAACACUGAACGUAAAUGUCAGGAUAUCGUCAGAAAACUUGUCAACGGAUAAGGAAUGCGUGAACCUAAUAAAAGAAGGAGCUAAAUUGGCGCCUGUUUACGGAAUUUUCGUAGUCCAGAAUUAUCAGACUGAUGGUAAAGAAGACGAUUUAGAUACAGAGACAAUGAUGCAGAAAUUCAACAACACUAUUCGCGUUGUUGCAAACCUGGAUGUGUCUUCGAGAAAUCUCUGCAACAAUUUAAAGCAUUUUGUGGUCUUGAACUAUUCUUCAAAGGGUGCCAGCGACGAAUACGCGGUGUCUGUGAUUGAGAAAAUAUGUGAGGCGCGCAAUGAAGCGUGCUUGCCAGCCCUCGCCUUCCGCGUCGACUGGAUCAAUGAGUUUGAUAUUAAUGGAGAAAACGGUACAAAAACACGAUCACAGAAACUGUCAACAGUCAUGAAUGCUUUGGAAACAAGUUUGAAACUAAAUUACACAGAUGUCGUGUCAUUUGAUUUGAAGAAAAGAAACAAUUACGAUUUCUUGGCCAAAGUCGCUAAAAUUAUUGGAGUGCCCGACAUGGAGGAUGUUAAAGACAAUCUGACUCUGGAUGAUCUAAGCUUGAAUGACACCAACUUGCAAGAAAUCAAAUUACUUAUCAAGAAUGUGUAUAAUGUUGACUAUUGUACUGAGACUUUAUCUCAACUGGAUGUUGGAAGCCUAAAGAGUUUCGGCAGUAUCGAGAAGAGGCAGAAUACUAAAUUCGAUGCUGGCUUAGGAGCAUUCUACACUUAUACUGAUGAUGACGAGUGUAUGGCUACUGAGCCUAUGAUUCAAAUGCCGACUAAGCUGAGCAGCGGUACCGAGGAAGAGCAAGAACUUGAUCCAAAGGAGACUUAUUUGAUCCUGAUACCAGGAUUCGAAGGACAUCACCAAAUGUUCUACCGCGUUACUGAGAGGUUGAAGGUCAGAGCCAUGACCUUCCAACUUGGACCUGACAUAAACCAGGAUAACAUUCAGAAAAUGGCCAUCGAUAUAUUGACGUUCAUGAAGAAGAGGUUCGAGCUUAAAUCCAAUUUCUAUCUGAUGGGAUAUUCCUUUGGUGUCAACGUUGCUCUAGAGUUGGCCGCAUUAUUUGAAAAAGAAGGUCGCGUGGGAACUGUGUAUUGCUUGGACAGCAGCCCAGAUGCAUUAAGAGUUCAGCUCGAUGCUUAUGUUGGCAAUUUAACUGAUACAGAGUUACAGAACAAAAUCGUUGAGCACAUGUACCGUCUCAUGACAGGAAGAGACAACGAGGAACUGAAGAACGACUUAGAGAGAUCAGAGAGCUGGUCAGAGAAGGUGGAUGCAUGUGUUAGUAGACUGAGGGAGUUGGCGAGCUAUUCCAACCAGUAUAAGAGAUCGAUCCUAGAAUCGGCGUACCGAAGGAUCAUGCUGGCAAGGCAGUACGAGCCUGAAUUCAAACUUGAAUCCCAACUAGUUCUUAUGAAAGGCAUUCCUCAUCCGAAAGCAGGACCUCUUCCUGAAGACUACAACUUAUCCAAGUAUACAACGAAGCCAGUGAAGGUGUUCAACAUUGAGUCUGACCAUGCCUCAGCACCCCACGAUUGCAGAGUAUCGAAUAUCAUCAACAAGUUCCUGGAUCCCGAAUUGCUAUCGAAAUUCGAGAAGGAAGUUCUAUGUGAAACCUACUUGGUCGAAUCAUUCAAAAUGUUGUAGACUUUUUUAUAAUGUUCAUUGGAAUAUCGAUGCGCAUCAGUUACUAAGUUAGUUUAAUACGGUCAUCAAUAAUUACGUUAGUAACCUAAUAAAUUAUAUUAC